CCGGCAGAUUUUCUCGCACAGAAACUAACCUCUCGCGUCUACACGACUCUGCAUCCAUUCCCACAUCGCCUCCCCCCCCCUACUCCUACUCCUCCUCUUCUUCCUCCUCCCACUCCACCCCAUUCACAUUGCCAUUCACUCUCUUCCGUCCCGCUGGCAUCUCUUGCUCCUGUCCUCGCUUGUCUCUUGACACCAUUCAAGCAUGCGUCAAGUGCUCGUUUUUUAUCACUCCCUCCUCAACAUUGGCCAAUCGAGGCUGCAGGCAGGGGGGGGUGUGAUCCGAAGGGAUCGCAGCGAUCGGGGCGAUCGGAGGUAUCGCAUCAAAAGCGAUGGGUGGGCGAUCGCCGGGGUCAAUUGUGGCCAAUCGAGAGAUGUCAUUCUCUGACGUCCUAA